AGAGGCCAUCUGUCACUUUGCCAGCCCAAUCGUUUCGCAGAAUAGGGGCCAGCAAUGAGGGCAGCAUUUAUGCAGCUUCAAGUUUUCUGUUUUAGAGGAUGGCACUUUAUCUCAGGCAUUUUGAAGAGUCCAAAGUGGCCUGUAACUACUUUUCCUGGAAGAAAAUUUGGUAACAAAUGAUGUCACAUCUUCCAAAUGGAAAAUGUUUUUACUCCCAAGUAUCAGCUUUAUAACUUUUACUCCCAAAUAUCAACUUUAUAACUUUAUAACUGUUCUAUAAUAUUUUUGGAGGAGAAGUGUGUGUUUUGUUUUGUUUUUUGUUUUACUCAGUAGAGACAUAGACAUUUGGAAAUUUUUAAUACUUGUGAUUUUUAACCUGCCAUUAACCUGUUAUUUUCCCAGAAAACAAUCAGACACAUGCAUGGAAAACACAAUGGAAUUAGCGAUUUAGAUGGCUUUUGGCAGGGGGGCAGUGAUGAAAAUGAAUAAUGAAAAUGUAUAAAUCAAUGUGCAGCUCCCCCUUUCCCCAACAAUUUUUCUUCGGGGAUUUCAACCUGCAUUUAUUGUGAGGGUUAAUUGCGCGGUCGUAUAAGCAGGAUACCGCAGUAGUUGGCCGCUGCACUCAUCUACGAACAAACGGCGUUUACAAACGGGGUCGAGAUAUAACCAAGAUUUUAUGGAGGGGCUAGCAGAAACAAACAAGGGGCGUGCAUAAGAGCACCAGCGUGCCUACCGUUCCUGUCCUAAUGUUCCCUUUGGUUGUAUUCAUUUUGUGUGGUUAUUUCAUGCUUAUACUUAUAUAUAUUGUUGUGCUUGGCAAAAUAAAUAAAUAAAUAAAAAAUAAACUGCGAUUUUUGCCAUUCUAUGUGUAACAUCUCGCCUGGUAGAUUAGAUUGGCAUAUACUAGGGAGACAUGCCGGCAGAAAGCACUGGGGAACCCUUCUUUCAUGCUAUGUCUAAGCGCAGAGCGGACGCUCAGCCUCCCGCCCAGCCUUGCAACAUCGGAACCGGCUGGGGGCAAAAAGCGCGUCCGCGUGAGACCUGACCCACUUCCGGCGUAGAGCCGGCUGCAACUCUAUGGUGAGGGGAGGAAUGGCUGUUUGUUUCUCAUAGGCUCGUGCGGGUUUUGUUUCUUCCGGGGUGGGCGGAGGCCUUGAGGAUGAUGGCGGACGAGGAAGACAGAGGGAGCCCGGAGGUUUGCACCCUUCGGUUGGGGACGGAAGCUGAUGCCGCGGGAGACGGAGAGCUGGUGGAGUGCGGCGAACCCUUGGAUUCCGCUGGUUACGUGUUGUACAGGAACAGGAAGGAAUGGGCAGAUAUUGACCCGGUUCCUCAAGAUGAUGGGCCACAUCCUGUUGUUCAGAUCAUAUAUAGUGAAAAAUUUAAAGAUGUAUAUGAUUACUUCCGGGCCGUUCUGCAACAUGAUGAAAGGAGUGAAAGAGCUUUCAAGUUAACAGGGGAUGCCAUUGAACUUAAUGCUGCAAACUACACUGUAUGGCAUUUCCGUAGGGUACUUCUGCAGUCCUUGAAGAAAGACUUAAAUGAGGAACUCAAUUACAUCACUGCUAUCAUUGAAGAUCAGCCAAAGAAUUACCAAGUCUGGCACCACCGGCGAGUUUUGGUAGAGUGGUUGAAGGACCCAUCACAAGAACUCGAAUUUAUUGCAAACAUUCUUAACCAGGAUGCCAAGAAUUACCAUGCUUGGCAGCAUAGACAGUGGGUCAUUCAGGAAUUUAAGCUGUGGGAUGAUGAAUUGGAAUAUGUUGAGCAACUUUUGAAAGAAGAUGUCAGAAAUAAUUCCGCCUGGAACCAAAGAUACUUUGUGAUUUCAAACACAUCCGGUUACAAUGAUCCUGCUGUUCUAGAGAGAGAAAUUCAGUAUACCCUAGAAAUGAUCAAGCUGGUACCUCAUAAUGAAAGUGCCUGGAACUACCUGAGAGGGAUUUUGCAAGAUCGUGGCCUUUCAAAAUAUUCAGACCUGCUAGAACAAUUACUGGAAUUGCAGCCAAGUCAUAAUUCCCCUUAUCUAAUUGCCUUCUUGGUGGACAUAUAUGAAGACAUGUUAGAAAACCAGUGUGAAAACAAGGAAGAAACUCUCAGCAAAGCAUUAGAGUUGUGUGAAAUACUCGCUAAAGAAAAAGACAUUAUACGGAAAGAAUACUGGGGAUAUAUUGGAAGAUCCCUUAAGAAUAAAUACAGCCCAAAUGACGAACAGACUGUGCCAACAGAAAACGAUCAGCAUUAAUUUCAUGCGAAGGAGAAAUGAUACAGCAUUCAGCUUCUGUGCAUUUUACAAAAUCUCUAAACUAGGCUGGCAAUUAAUAGAGUAUUCCCCUUCUUUCCAAAAUAUGUUGUAACUAUACAUUAAUUGCAGAGGUAUUGCUUCUAACCACAUUGAGAGUGCAAAGUGUUCUGCAUAACAAACUGACCCGUGGUUAUUGCUGCUGUACACAUUAGCUAUGGGGUAAUUAUAAAGCACUGUGCGUUUAAAAAACACUUUGUAAUUACCUGAUUUGUAUCAGAAAGAAAGAAAUUUGUUUUUCUAUUUGGUACAUGAAUAACACUGUACAAGCAAUUCUACUAUCCUAAAUUUUAAAAUAACCCUUCUUCUCAUAAAAUAAGUGCAUGUGAGACUCUGAAUGUAUUUGGAUUGGACUGCAGAGAUCCACUGUGGACGUACAGACUAAUUUAAGUUACUGUACGAAGAAUAUGCAGUUGUACAUUGGAGCAGCUAUGCAACACUAUGUUUUCAUUGUAUCCAACUAGUGCCAUCAAUAAUUUGUCAUAAAGAUAUAAAUGCUGUACUUGUACAAGAAUUUAAUGGUUUUGUUCUAUUUUCCAGAGCAAGAAUGUCAGAAUAGGGCCAUAGUUAGUGAGGGUUUUCAGUGUGGCCAUGGCUCUCUAAAGAUUAUUAAAUCACCUGUAUACCUACAGUGGAAAUGGUUUUUGACAAUAGUUGACCUAGUUAAGUCUUUAUCUCUGUUUUCUUGGCUGGUUUCUUGCAAGUGGAGAAUAUUUGUACCUUGGAAUAUAUUUAAGAUAGAGAUAUCUAUAUCUACGCAUACACACGUAGAGUUCAUUAUUUUAAUAUUUAAAACCAAUUCACCAAUACCAUAAUAAUUGUUUCAAGUUUUUUCCAGUUGUCUCUGAAACUAGGAUGGCCAGAUUAGGAUGGUCCUGCAUUCAGAUUUAUUUUAAAAAAUGGUUUAAUUCUUUCGAACAACUCUGCAAAUUUAGAAGGUUAAGACUGAAACCAAUUAAAAACAAACAAAACUCCAUCUAUUUUUACCACAUGAAUUCAACAGGGAUUCAACAUGAUCUUUUACAAGCUAAGUAACCAAAGUUCUUUUUGUCACUGAACUUGUCAGUUUUGCUUUUUUUCAUUCAUGUUCUUAAACCUUGAGCACUUUUCUUCCUGUUUAUGAAGAAUUGUACAAACAUUUUUUGUGAAAUAAACUGAACAAACAUUA